GCCUGGGGCACGUGUCUCUGAAACUCUGCCCACGUGAUUUUUGGGUGCAACGUUUCGGGCGUUGAUCCUCUUUCAUGGCGCAUUUAAGCAGUGGCCUACACUCGGCUGUGGAUACAUGAAGGAGAGCUUGAUGCAAUGCUGAUCGGUGCGCCAUGGAGGACCUCGUAGAGGCGCUGUUCGAGUCGGAGGCGGUGAAGUUUGGAAGCUUCACGCUCAAGAGCGGCCUCGCCUCCCCCGUCUACUUCGAUCUCCGCGUCAUCGUCUCGCACCCGCGCCUCAUGCUGCAGGUGGCGGAGCGCCUAUGGGAUGUGGGCCGCUCCGUGUGCCCCUCAGCGCUGCUGUGCGGCGUACCCUACACGGCGCUGCCCAUCGCCACGCUCAUGGCCACGGCGCACGAGAGGCCCAUGCUCAUGAGGCGCAAGGAAGCCAAGCAGUACGGCACGGCGCGCAUGCUGGAGGGCGCGUUCGCGGCUGGAGAUGUGUGCGUGGUGGUGGAGGACGUCGUCACCAGCGGAUCCAGCGUGCUCGAGACGGCGGACGUGCUGCGUCAGCACGGCCUGCAGGUGCGUGAUGCGCUGGUGCUGCUGGACCGUGAGCAGGGUGGCCGCGAGACCCUGGCCGGCGCUGGCAUCACCCUUCACUCGGUGUGCACCGUGUCUCGGCUCAUGCAGGUGCUGCUGGACCGCGGCCGCGUCGACCAGGCCACGGUCGACUCCGUGUCCGCCUUCAUUUCCCAAAACCGCGCUACGUCACCACCUCCUGCCUCGUCGCCCUCGCUCGAACCUGGGCCGGGCGCGGUGGCACAGAGCUACGGGCAGCGCGCGCGUCUCCCGUCGACGUCGGCCGUCGCCUCGCGGCUCCUGCUCCUCAUGGAGGAGAAGCGCAGCAAUCUGUGCGUGUCGGCCGACGUGCGCACGGCCGCCGAGCUGCUGGCGGUGGCGCGCGCCGUGGGCCCCCACGUGUGCCUCCUCAAGACGCACGUGGACGCGCUUGACGACUUCACGGCCGACCUGCCGGAGCGCCUGGCCGAGCUGGCGCGGAGCCAUCGCUUCCUGCUGUUCGAGGACCGCAAAUUCGCCGACAUCGGCCACACCGCCCGGCGGCAGUACCAGGGAGGGGUCUUUGGCAUCGCGAGCUGGGCGGAUCUGGUGACGGCUCAUGCCGUGUCAGGCCCCGGGGGGCUGGAGGCCCUGGCUGGGGUGGGAGUGCCCCUAGGGAGGGGCUGCCUCCUCAUCGCCAAGAUGAGCUCACAGGGGGCGCUCACCACACAGGGGUACACGCAGGCAACGGUGGCAAUGGCCGAGGCGCGUCGCGACUUUGUGCUGGGAUUCAUCAGCACGGAGCGCGUCACCCAGGACCCCUCCCUGCUGCACGUCACCCCCGGGGUCAAGCUACAGCCGGGAGGCGACGACCUGGGUCAGCAGUACUUGACCCCGGAGGAGGUGGUGGGCCGCCGUGGCUGCGACGUGAUGGUGGUGGGCCGCGGCGUGCUGGAGGCCACCGACGUGACCGCCGCCGCCCGGCUCUACCAGCAGGCCGGCUGGGACGCCUACUGCGGACGCCUCCAGCCCGCCACCGCCUCGUAGCGCGGGGCUACGUGGCACGGGUGGGGCGACGUGGUUGAGUGGCACAGGGCAGGGGCAGCGUGCGCAGGGAAGUGGUAGCAUACAAAGGGGCGGCAUACACAGGGCAAGGGCAGCAUGUAGCAGGGGGCUGAAGAAAUCUGCACUCUCGGUUCCUUUCGGACUGCACUGGCGACGACGUCUGUAAGGGCGCGUGGCGACGUCCGCGGUUUGUCUCGGCGCGAAUAAAGCUACGUUGAAUAAC